GACGUUUGUUGGUAAAAUCUUUUCAGGUAAUACAAAUGAUGAGUGUCAUCAAGGAGUGGCCCGUGGCUAUCUACAGACGCCCUUUUGCGCAGGCUCUAGAUUCCGUAAUCUACAAAUAACACCUACAGCUCCGGCAGGCAGCGAUGCCAUAUCCUCAUAAAAGGACUUUUGGUUUGAUCUUGUGUAGUGCACUUGGGGUGACUGUGUACGUUUGGAGUCACAUGGGACUCUCAGGGGUGAAUACUUUGCCCAGACAAGACAAAGCGCAUCUCUUCCAAUGGCUCAGUCACUACCAAUAUAUUGUUGGAAACGAAAGUGGCAUCAGAGUUAAGGAUGGCAUUGCAUGCAAAGUGGCAUUAAAUGUGUGCUCAUGUAUACCUGAUAAGGAGAGCUUUCGGCUCCCAUUCUCAAAAUUGAUUUUUCCCAGAGUUUGGGCUCACUAUCUGGACAAAGCCGUUUUGGAGUCUUACCCUGAACCAGAGGAGUUAAAGGUUCACAGAGCACAGGAGUACAGUAGCUUUCAGAAGAGAUCUUACACUGCAGCCAAUAGACUCAUUGUGGCUGAAGCCAAUAGUCCUCUGCAGUACCCUACGCAGGGAGUGGUGGUACGACCAUUGAAAACUAUCAUCCUACCUGGGUUGGCUCUUAAAACAAACAGAGCAUCUAUCUACAAUGUCUAUUUGAGAGCUGCUCUAGGCACUUUUGAUGUCGCAGCCACUGUAGAGGGUGUCUCUUUGAAUGGUGAAAGUAAAAGCCUCAUGACCCUAUCCAGUCCUAAUCUGUCCACUCUGAACAAGCAGCUGAGCCUUGUCACAUACACCAACACUGUGUUCCAUCCCAGGACUGCUGACAAUGUUGAGUUUGGAACAGAUGGUCAUCGUUCAUUUUUCACAAUUAAAAUUCAACACAAAAGUACUACAAAGCUUUACAACUCUGGACACAAAGGAGAGUACAACAUCAGUGGACUGGUCACUCUAGCGACGAAGACUUUUCUACGCUAUGACAAACUCAAAGAUCUCAUUGAUAGCGUUCGGAAGUACUAUCCCACAGUCACUAUUGUGAUAGCUGAUGAUAACAAACACCCUCAACCUGUGACUGGGCCACACAUCGAGCAGUAUUUCAUGCCAUUUGGAAAGGGCUGGUUUGCUGGCAGAAACCUUGCAUUGUCUCAGGUAACCACCAAAUAUGUGCUAUGGGUGGAUGAUGACUUCUACUUUACAUCCAACACCAAACUGGAGAAGCUGGUGGAUAUUUUAGAGAAAACAACUUUGGAUCUGGUAGGUGGGGCUGUGCGAGAGGUAACCGGUUACACAGCAACUUACCGUCAUACUAUUUCGGUGGAGGACGGAGGAGAAGAGGGGGACUGUUUACACAUCCGGACCGGACACCACCACACCAUUCAAGGCUUUCCCAACUGUGUUGUGGCUGAUGCUGUCAUUAACUUCUUUAUGGGAAGGACAGACAAGUUGCGAGAGGUGGGAUUUAACCCCCGCUUGGCCCGACAAGCUCAUCUAGAAUUCUUUAUUGAUGGUCUUGGCUCUUUGCACAUUGCUUCCUGCAGUGACGUCAUUGUGAACCAUGCCUCAAAAAUCAAACUGCCCUGGGGAAAGACAAGCUCAGAAAAAGAAUAUGAAAAAUUUCGUUAUUCUUCUGACAGUGAAAAUUCUAAAAUGCGCAAUGAAGUCUUUUACUUUACCAACAGGUUCAAGUGCAUGACAAGCAACUAGAACAAUUUUUUUAAGCUUAUAUGGGUGUACAUAUUUUUGCAUGUAUAUACACGGUAACAAAUUACUGUAGUUUCUACAGUAACUUUUGCAACUGCUUCUUGCUUUCACAAAUUACCUGUCAUAACUGUAGAUUGCAAUGCUUUGUGGGACAAAAAAAUAUUACAGUUAGUAAAAACUUUUUCUACAACA